UCAUAGUGACGAAAUGUAACUUUACCAAAUUGACCUUAGCAGAACACUUCAGUCUCACUUUUUUAUUUUCAAGCCGUUUCAGUCACCAGCAGAUUUUGUCCCUUUUCUCGGUUUUUUGGAGAUACCGGGGGGAAACUUUGAUCGGAGAUUCCUUAUUUCUCCACUGGCAGAUCAAUUCUCAAUUUCUUUUACCCUAACUUUACGAGGGUUCCUUUAUUUGUCAUGAAGGGGUUUUUCUUAAACAAAAAACCUUUACAUUUUUCAGAUGAUUUCUUUUAUAUAUGCAAUAAUUUCACGUAAUUUCAUUAAUAAAUUAAAAUAUCCAAAAAUACAGCUAAUCAGAACAUUUUCCUUAUCUAAUCAAAAAAAUAAAAUUGGAGAUGAAUUUGACAAUUCAGCAUUUGAAAAUACUUUUGGAUUUAACUUUAAGAAAGAAAAACCAAAAACAUCAAAAGAAGUAGAAGAACGAUUAAUUGCUAUUUUGUAUAAAUUUGAUAAACGCAGGGAUUUUUUGUUUAAUCUUGGUUCACAAAUGCAUUGGGAUAUGGGGAUUAAAAUAGCUGAUAUUGAUGAGUUUUUGGAUUUUGUUGAGACCGAAUUGGACGUGGAUAUGCACAAUGGACAUUUUUUGGAUUUUACAACCCUUCGAGAUGUUCAUAGUCAUAUUUGUAAUGAAUUAUUUAUUCCAAAUGUUAGAAAAACUAUUAGACAAAGAAAAGCAGAACAGAAAAAGGAAGCGGAGGAGGAAAGGGAAAAAUCAAAAAUUGAACAAGCAAAUUAA